AGGCUCCCUGUUGUUGGGAAUGUUUUGACGCAGAAACCUCGUCUUGUCGACUGGCCCUCUGCCACUCCUUGUCUCCAAGUUCCAAACCAUAUUCGCACGAACACCCAGUGGAAACAGCAAUGGCGGAAUCAGCACCAUCAUGGCCCCGCGCUCCCUCCCUCCUCUGCUCGGUCUGCAUGCACCAUGGCAAAGCUCCGCUCUGCUUUCCGACAGCGCGGUAUUCCCGCCCUGGCGGCAACGCAAGCUACGCCGCCGUUCCCCUCAAGCCACAGAUAUUUAUCAGAUCCCGCCGACAGACACCUCAUGGCCACAUCGCGUCCGCGAGGUGUCGCCAUGGUGUCCAGCACUCGUCCCCACCGCCGGAAAGAUCAUCCACCGCAGCCUGACAGGCGCGCAGGAACCGAGGGGAAGACGACAUUCUCCACGUUCCGGCUCGCCGCAGCAGGGGGAAGCUAGCCGAUGGUUUCUCCGUGGCUGAGAAAAGCGCCAUUCAGGAGCCCGUUUCAGCUUUUCCCAGAAGCAAGAGCAACCGCCCUCCUUGAAAUGCCUCUUCCCAAUGCGUCUCCCAGCAUUUUACACUUCUGGGUACUAGUGCUACCAGUAGCUAUGAUACGUUCUGCUGCGUCAGGCUGGAUGGUUCAGUGAACUUCAACUUCAUUUUACCAGUGGCAGUGUUUCAGAGUUUCGCGCAACGGCCUCAUCCGCGCAACGGCCGGUCUAUACCUUACGAUGGGAGUAAUACGCCGGAAACAUUCUAGCGUCCAGAACCUUCCAGAUACAGCGUUGCUAUUCGCCGUCGCCGCUGCUUGCCUCUUUGCUUCCGCGGCGUCCCUCCCAGCGCAUCUUUCGACUCCGAACGAAUCUCAAGAGAAUAAUAAAAUAUCCGCUGCGACGCUCUCAGAUCUGGUCGCGCGGAAAGCGAGGGCCGUCGAUGCGACGCGGCACGCGCUGGUGCUUGUCCGCGAGGUGCGGUCGCUCAACGACAGCAUCGCCGGCGCCAACCGGAGGAUCCGGGAUGCGUCGCACGCGCGGGAAAAGCUCAAGGUGACGUCAGCGCGACUGGAGGAGCAGCGGAAAGUCAUUGACGAGCUAUCCGCGAUAUUAGACGACCCGGUUUCGGAAACCGCCGAGCGGUUGACUCAUCGGAUGAUGUACUGGCGACGUGCCCCUGUCUCUGACUCUGACUCGGGCUCGGGCUGGAAGCCAGAUGGCGGCGACUCCUUGGGCGUUCGACUGGCGCUGGUGACAGCGGGAGCGGCGAAGCGAGAAGCCGAACGCCUCGUCGUGAAAAUCGCACGGAAAGUCAUGCGCCUGCGCGACAAGAUCGCGUCGUACAGUAUUGCAGUGACUUUCCGGGACCAGCUGGCGAAGGCUCUGGAGCAGAGGCUUCCUCUUGCAGCAGAAGCGGAGGAGAAAGCGCGCAAGGCCGUGCAGGAAUACUCCACAGCAUGGCGGCACGCCAUGGAGUCAUUUCCUGAGCGUGAUGUCCUCAGAAUUGUCGAAGAGCCGUCGUUAAAAUGGGAAGAGGGAGGGACGACGACAGAGGGACUGGGAUUGGGGAGUCAGGGAAAGGGGACGCCAUCUCCAAUCAGAUGCAGAGAUGCGGGUAUCAGAAUCGCAGCAGCUGAUGCAGAGGAGGCUGUGGCUCGUGCGCUGCUGGACAGCCUCCAACUUGAUAUCAAGGUGUGGAAAGCUCAGGCUAGAGAGCGGCAGGAGGUCGAGUAUGCAGAGAGUGACCUGGAAUAUGCGGAAUUCCAGGUCAAGGGAGCAGAGAAGGACCUUGUGCAGGCGAAGGAUCAGGCAGCGAAGACAGUGUGGUUGACUGCUGAACAGAAGAAGAUUCUAGAAGACUCGGUUAAAGGUUUAGCGGAAGCCAUGGCUGUUGAGUCGAGGGGAGAUACCCAGAGAGCAUGGAUGCAGCGAGAGGAGGCCGAGCUGGUGAAGGCUCAGGCGGAGAGGGUGUGGGAGGAGAUGGGAAGGUGGAUGGAACAAGCCGAGGCGCUGGUUUUGGAGAGAACGCAGGCAUGGCGGGAUGCACUGGCGGAGAGAGAGAAGGCAGCAAUGAAGGUAGCAGAGCUGGAUAAGAGGCAUGGUAGGGUGAAGCAAGCUGCUGAGGAAGCUGAGAGGCUGAUGAAGCUGCUCAAGCCUAUUGUGAAUAAGAAACAUGAUGCAGCACGCGCCUCUGAGGUGGCUAGGGAGAAGUUGUUAACAUUGGGUGUAACCCAAUUUUUCCACUAAUGCAGUAGCUGGGAUAAUAGGGACUGGCUGUCAGAAACUAGCUUAGCUAGGAAGCCAUAGAAUGGCACAAGGUUUAGCUAGGAGCUAGGAGGAGCCAUGAGAAUGGCGAGAGGUUUUAGGUGCUAGGAAAGUUGAGGAGAGAAAAGAUGUU